AUGGGUUCGUUGGGGAAGUCGGGGAAGCGCCGGACAAGGUGCUUGCCUGCGGCCACCGCCCUCGCCUCCACAAUCACCACGUCCUCGUCGUCAUCCUCCACAAACCCCGAAGAAACCACCUCGCCAUCGCCCUACUUCCUACCGGAGCUGAUCCCGUUGAUCGCAAGCCGCUUGACGACCCUCGAGGACAUCUUCGCCCUCCGCGCUGCCUGCCGCGCCUACCGGGCUCGCCUCCCGCUGUCUUCCUCAACCCUCGCCUCGCAGGGUCCGCUACUCCUCGUCCAGCACAAGACGUCUGCCGCGCUCUUCCACGUCCCCCUCCGCCGCAUCCUGCGCUUCCGCCUCCCACGCGCCCGCCUAGCCCAUGGAAUAAGACCCACCUGCUUCGGCCGGCUCUUCACCCCCCAAGUCCGCAGCCUCACCUGCUUCCACUCCUUCGGCUGUCGCGUCGCCAUACAAGGCAUGAGCGCCGGCGCCAGCCGCCCCGAGCUCCGCAUCCGCCACCUCCUCACAGGUGAGCGAGCCCGCCUGCCUGAUCCCCCGAAAUGCGUUGGAGGUAUUCUCUUUUCCAAUGACCUAAUCCUUGCCUUCACGCCAUGGCACCGCGACAUCUACUACUGCCGCAUUGGGGAUGCUCAGUGGCAAGCGGCGCGGUGCGAUGAGGGCUACAACCUUCACAGUCUGAUGUUCGUGAAAGACACCCUCUAUGCGUUGAUUUAUCCAAAUUAUCGUCUUGCUGUUGUCGAUCUUGACAACAAUUCCGUGGUAUUGUCGUUUCUUGGGGAUGAACUCAGCGCACAUACAGUACCAGAUGGUAAUUUGGCGGACUGGCUCGCAGAGUGUCAUGGUGAGCUAUUGCUAAUUAUCAGAAGGAGGCUGUACCGUGUGUUCCAGUGGCAAUCUAAGGAGAGGAAGUGGGCGAGGACACAUAGCCUUGGUGGUUGUAGCUUGUUCUUUAAUAUGCAUGAGUUUGCUGGUUGCCUUGGUCCAGAUCAUCCGGGAGUUCGAAGAGACUGCUUGUACUUUACUGGAAGCUUUGGGAACUGGAGCGAGUAUUCUUUGGUUGAUAGAUCUUUGAAUGAAAUUGUUGCCGAGUACCCAGGGCAAUCAGUAUCGAAGGAUUUUGUAUCACUGGCUUGGGUCCUUCCAAGCAUUUGUUGA